AUCAAAUCUUUAAAAAUGACAGAACAAGUGAAGAAAAAGAACACCAGCGAAGAAGAAAACCCAAAUAAGCAUAACAGACUUAUCCAAUGCGCAGAGCUAAUCCUCCCAUGGUUAAUCCCACAAGAGCUAGCCAGCAUCUCCUUGACCUGCAAAAUCCUAUCUCAAAUCGCCAAAACUAUCACUCUCCAAAGAUCCUUUGACGCUUCCAGAUCCUACGAGAGCCAUCCUAUCCCAUUUCACAACCUAAUCGAUGACCGUCCAUAUGCCUUUUUUCUCUAUACCCAAUCUCAAAUCAUUACUUCACAGUCUCCCCUCCACCGCCAACCUUGGGGCUCUUCACGUUUCGCCUCCCCGGUGGCCGCUUCACGUUGCCCAAGUAGUUGCGAUUGCAAUUGUGAUGGGUGCGACCAGGGAAGUGUGUCUGGGUGUGAAACUUUAGGAUUGGAGGAUCAGGAGAUGGGAAUAAUGCGCGAGUGCGGACCGAGUUGUGCGUGCGGGAUUCAAUGCGGGAAUCGGUUGACUCAGAGAGGGAUUUCGGUUAAGUUGAAGAUUGCGAGAGACGAGAGGAAAGGUUGGGGCUUGUAUGCUGAUCAGGUGAUUCGUCAAGGCCAGUUUGUCUGUGAGUAUGCUGGCGAACUCUUGACAACCCAGGAAGCCAGAAGCCGGCAAGAAAUUUAUGAUAAACUCACAUCUGGUGGCCGAUUUUCUUCUGCGCUUUUAGUUGUGAGAGAGCAUCUUCCAUCUGGAAAGGCUUGUUUGAGGGUGAACAUUGAUGCUACAAGAAUAGGAAAUGUUGCAAGAUUCAUCAACCAUUCUUGUGGCUGUGGAAAUCUGUCAACUGUAAUAGUGAGAAGUUUUGGAGGUUUAUUGCCUCGCCUUUGUUUCUUUGCUUCUAAAGACAUAAAAGAAGGAGAAGAGCUGACUUUUAGCUACGGGGAAAUUAGAGUCAGGUCUAAUGGCUUGCAAUGUUUUUGUGGCAGCCCUUGCUGUUUUGGUUUUUUACCUUCAGAACAUACUUAAUGCCAGAAAACAACAUGAUGUAGGCACAGGUCUAUAGUUUUAGUAGCCACUUUUACAGAGAAUGUAACAUUCCCCCAAUUGAUGUGAUGAGUUGCUAUUUAUUAAAUUAUACUGGCAGUGUAAUUUUCUGCUGUACUAUAAUCUUUCAGUCAAAUCUAAACCUCAAUUUUGCAAUUGGAAAUGUUAUGAUAAGGAGCAUCUCUUAGUUGCUG